UAGUGGAACUCGAGGUAGGCAGGCAGGACAACAUCUCACUCGUUCAUACACAACACGAAAAGAAUCAAAAAGGUCAAACCAGGCACGGCCAACACGCGGGAAACAUGGGUGGUGGACCAGGCCGAUGAAAUGCCCUUUUCUUCUCUUGCUAUACAACACACACACGCACACUCCCACAAAUUUUGCUCUCAACCUCUUACACUGGUUAUUGCACAUGAAGUCACGAUUACAAAAACAAAAAUUGGACGGUUUAGAUGGCAGAUACUUUUUUUCGUUCUGCUGGGUCAUCAUCUCUUGUGCCCAAGCUACCAAAAAUACAGAUCCCUUGGGAUCCUCAUCAAAUGUUCGUAUAUAGGUUCGUCCCGAGGCAUGAAGCGUAAGACGUGACUGACACCUUUUCAAUGUACUCUAAUCGUGGUGGUCUCUUCCACCUGGCCAUUCUGAUCAUGACCGUAUAUGAGGAACAGCUUGGCGAUGCACCU